AUGCCACCGGUCAAGUCCCAAGGUAGAACCAAUGCCACAAAGCCGAAGGCAGAGGCAGCAAAAAAAGGAAAUCAGCAGAAAAAUGUGAGACGGAAUGGUUCCAAAGCAUCUCAGCCUCCUUCUAAAGUGCCUAAUGGGAAACAACAAGGUACAGAGAAUUCACCAACUCUGGAGGACAGAAAGACAGAUGAAGUGAAGAGCAAUAGAAGGAAUAACGUAGAUCAAAGUAAAAAGAGAAGUGCAGAACCAAAAGAACCACAGACACAAGUGGGGAGCACACUAGGAAACGGAACAACUGUGAAUCGUAGAUCACAACGUCAACGUAACAAAGAUAGUAAGAUGGGCAUUAACAAGACCACCAAACUCAAGCCUGCACCAAAAGCAGCUACAGCCACACGAAGGAGUAUCGACAACAAGCUCCCUACCAAACCUGAAAACAAGAGAGGUGACAAUGUGACAGAGAGUGAGGCGGAGGAGGAAUCGGAGAGCGAUACAGGAAGCUCAGCGGAGGUGACAGAAGAGGAAACUAGCAACGCUGAGAAAGAGGAGGAGCACGGCAGUAACGAAGAGCCAUCCGAGACGCAUGGGAGUGCGGAGAGCAGCGAGGAGGAGGCUGAGGCAUCAGAUACUCAAAGAGAUACAGAAGAGACAGCAAACGAGGAAUCAGACAAAGAGCUUCCAAAGGAAGCCAAGUCCAGAAGUGAACCAGUCACAUCCAGUGAAGUAGAAGAGGAAGAGGAAAACGAAAAGGAAGUUGAAGUAUCUGAGGCGGUCACCAGCGAGGCAGGCGAAGACGAGGUGAUAACCCAGGAGGACACGUCUGAAAAGCCAACAGCUGAUAAAGACCGUAGACGGCGCAGACAGACUCAACGUCCCUCGAAGCCUCCUGCCGGACCGAAAUACAAGAUGUUUAAAAAAACAAAGGCAGAUAAGCAAGCGGAGAAGGCUGAGAAGCAGAGAGCCAAAGCAGAGAAGCAGAGGUUAGAAAAGGAAGCCAAACAAAAAGCCAAGGAAGAAAAAAAGAACAGAAAGAAACCACAGAAGGAGGACAAACCCAGUUCUGACACAGAGGAGCUCCAACCACCAAAAGGUCUUCCUAUCAACAAGCUUGACUCAGCAAAAGGCAAGACCCGUUCGGUAAACAAAACAAAAAAUAUCAAUGAGAGAGAUGCUCCUGUAGAAACUGAUCCAGAGGAGGAAGAGGAGGAGGCUGAACCCACACUGACCAAAGCCAUUAAAGGCCAAAACAGAAUCAUGCUUCUUAAAGCCAAAGGUAAAGACCUCAAAGCCAUCGUGGAGCCAGAGGAGCAGCAGGGCGCUGGAAGUGUCGUCAAAGGGCGGCCCCAGAGCUUGCUCUUGGGUAAGGUCAAGAUGGCAUCUCUCCCGCACAAAGCCAAUAACACGGUGGAGAAGCCUGAUGAGGAAAUAUCAGAGAGUGAGGCCAUUGAUGGGGGGUCCGGCAAACCAAAGGAACGUUUGAUAGCACAAAAAAAAGGUAUGACCACUCUUCGCCGAAUGUCUGGUUGGAUUCAGAAAAAGAUACCCCGGGGGUUAAACAUGAGAAAGAAGCUUUCUGCUUGGACUAAAGCCAUCGGGAUUUCCCAUUGGCUCUCCCUGCGGAGGAUAAAACAGAAGCAAGGGCCCACAAAAUCUAAGGGCAAUAUCCUCAAACAUAGGAUGGCCAUGAGAGUCGCCAGUAAAACCAGCCUGGCCAGUAAGAAAAACAGGAGCGCCUCUGCAGAAAAAAUGGGCGAAGAGAAUGCCAGCCUCCAGGGAAAGACAGAGGAAGGAGGGGAGGAAGCGGUCCCAGCUGGCGAGAAAGAGGUAGAGGCCAAAUACGCUGUGGUACUCCCCAGGAUGAACAAACUGGGUAAGGCAAAGACAGCCGAGUUGCCUCAGGCAGAUCCUGGACCUUCCACUCCAUCAAGUACCACUGGACCACCAGGAGAACCCACUACAUCACAGCCAAAACCCCCAAAACCAGGUGCCAGGCUCGUGCUCCCUGUCAAACCAGAUCUCAGCCUACUGAAGUCCAUCAAGAAGUCCUUUCCAGGAGGGUUAAAGUCAGGUGUAGAUGUGUCAGAGAGGAGCCCUGGGUCCAGCAGUACACCGGAGGGAUCAUCCAACACUGAAGACAGAAACCGGAGAGCUGCCCUCGACAAUCAAGAUGCAGUCAGUGUGCUACAGGCUGCAACAGGGAAACUGGACCCCUCCAAGAUCAACCUGUCCAAGAUUUCCUUGUCAGGGGGAACAAUAAGUGGUGGACUGACUCGGGCCAAGGGACCAGAUCCAGAGAGAAAGGCUGCAGCUGGGAUACCGAACUCCACCGCUCAGCCCUUUCAAAAUGGGGAGGCAAGUGCUGUGAUGUCAGGUGUCCGCUCCUUGUACGAAGAAGAGGCAGACAGGGAAGUUGCCCAGCUGAUGGCUGAGGGGGGUAUAUAUAAGAACUCCCAACCAGAGGUGCACUGGGCUGGUAACCCACGGAUGAGUGGAGACCCUCAGGACUGGCUGCGUGCUGAGAACCUGUUGCCCCACCAGACAGUGGAGAAGCUAACUAAGAGGACCGUCUAUGAUGAUGGGGGCCAGGCCAGGACCGUUCCUGCACAUAAUGGCAGGGGCCCCUGGGAAUCAGAGGACCCCACCCAGGAGAUGCUGGAGAGUCGACUGGUCAGCACACAGGUGCUGAUGCCUGGCAGCAAAAGAGCCAUAGAGGUGGAUGAGGUGGAGGAUCUGUCCCAGCUGGAAGAGGUGUGCGAGAGCUCUGUGCUUCUGAAUCUGAAGAAGAGGUUCCACCGUGACUGUAUUUAUACUUACAUCGGAAACAUGUUGCUGUCCAUCAACCCAUUCACGCCCCUUAACAUCUACACAGAGGAGCUGAGACAGAGAUACCAGGGCAAAGAGCAGCACAGAAACGCACCCCAUGUGUAUGCCAUAGCCGACGCUGCUUUCAGUCAGUCUCAAGCCUCCACACAGGAGCAGUGCAUCAUCAUAAGUGGCCAGAGUGGUUCAGGGAAGACUGAAGCUACCAAGCUGAUAGUCCACUACCUCAGCUCCAUGUAUCAGGGCAGAAACGACAACCUGCGACAGGUAAAGCCAAUGGAGGUCUUUCCCAUCCUGGAGAGUUUCGGGAAUGCCAAGACCAUCCUCAACGACAACUCCAGCCGCUUUGGCAAGUACCUCCACAUCCACAUUCUCCAUGGAGUUGUUGUAGGGACCUCGUUGUCCAAAUAUCUCCUUGAGAAGUCCAGGGUUGUCUUUCAGGCCAAUGAGGAGAGGAACUACCAUGUGUUCUAUGAGCUGCUGGCAGGUAUGAACGACUGGGACAAACAGGAGGUCUACCUGCAAGGAGCCGAGACCUAUUACUACCUAAACCAAGGUGGUGACUGUGAAUUGAAGGGGAAGCAGGACAAGCAGGACUUCCAGCUUUUGGUUCAUUGCUUUGAGACCAUCGGCCUGCAUGCUGACCAGAUCUCCACCGUCUGGGCCAUCCUCUCCUCCAUCCUGCAGCUCGGCAACGUCUGCUUUAGCUCAUACGAGAGCGAGUCAUUCGAGGUGGCUCGUAUCUUAAGCGAGACUGAGACCAGGAGGGUUGGCUCCUUGUUGCAGAUUUCCUCCGAGGCCCUGCAGACUGUCAUCACUCACAGAGUCACAGAGACGACUUACGACAGGAUCUACUGCCCUCUGUCUGUGGAAAGUGCCAUAGAAUCCAGAGAUGCCAUUGCCAAAGCCUUGUACUCAGUGCUGUUUGACUGGCUGUUGGAGCAGAUCAAUGACUGGCUGAGCCCCACAGAGAUGGACAGCACAGUGGGCGUAGUCGACAUCUACGGGUUUGAGGACCUGGGAGUGAACAGCUUUGAGCAGCUGUGUAUCAACUUUGCCAAUGAGCAGCUGCAGCACUUUGUCAACAAGGCAGUGAUCUCCCAGGAGCAGGAGGAGUACAGUGCAGAACAGAUCCAGUGGUAUCCGAUGCCUCUCAAGAACUUACACUCCUGUCUGGAGCUGAUCUCCUCCAGACCGCACGGCAUACUCCGCAUACUGGACGAUCAGACCUGCCUCCCCCAGGCCACUGAUCACACCUUCCUCCAGAAGUGCCACUAUCACCAUGGGAACAGCCCCUUCUAUGCCAAGCCCAAGAACCCACUGCCAGUCUUCACUGUCUAUCACUAUGCUGGAGCUGUCACUUAUCAGGUUCAUAAUUUCCUGAAUAAGAACCACGACCAGUUCAGGACAGAAGUGGUGGAGCUUUUCGCCAGGAGUCGGCUAAAGAUGGUGUCGGUGCUGUUCCGGAAGGUUCAGGAUGGUUACAUUCAGCAGCGAGAGCUUGGCUGGAGAGGGAAGGGUCUCCGCCAGCUGCCCUCUACUGCUGCUUCCCACUUCCUUCAGUCGCUGAAUGAACUCACCGCUCGCCUGGACAGAUGCAAAACCACUUUUAUUCGUUGUCUGAAGCCAAACUACGUCAAGCUUCCUGGGAUCUUUGACGUGGACUACGUGUUGGCCCAGCUGAGGCAUGCUGGGAUGUUGGAGACCAUCCACAUCAGGAAAGAGGGUUUCCCCAUACGGAUACAGUACUCCUACUUCAUUGAGAGAUACGGGGUUCUGCUGAGCCAGCGGCUGAGUGAGGUGUCAGACAAAGAGCAGUCACUGGCUCUGCUGGACAUGGUGGGUGCCGAGGAGGGACAGUACCAGCUGGGACUCACCAAGCUGUUCCUCAAGGAGCUUCUGUACCAGCAGCUGGAGGAAAAGUGGAACAGCACCCAGACCUGGGCUGCCGUCACCAUCCAGAGAAACAUCAGAGGCUUCCUCUGCAGGAGGAACUUCAGGUUCUUUAAGGAGAAAGCCAUCGUCAUCCAGAGCCACAUCCGGGGACACCAGGCCAGGAAGCAGUACAAGCGUCUGAGGCAGUCCUUCACACAGUUCUGGGCGGUGAUGAUGAUAACCAGGGACACCAUCAAGAGACGCCAUUGGAGGAAGGAAUUUCACGAGAAGAACAAAGUAAAGGCAGCGGCAAAGACUAAGUCGGUCUCUCCAGGAAUGGAUGUGGGGCUGUUGGAGAUCCCUGCUGAGCUGUCAGCCAGACUUCGCAGUGGAGCAGGGCAGCAGCAUGCGUCAGGGGUCACAGAGGUGGCCCCUCCACAGGUGAAGGCAGAACACAAGCUCAGCCUGCCUCUGGAUGUAGACAGAUACCCAUUCUCUCGCUAUGCCAAGUCCAUAUUAAAGGAUACAUGGUGCCAGCCUCAGGGCUACCCCCUCCAGAGAUCCCUCACCCCUCUGGAGCCUGAAGAUGCCAGGACUGCCCUGGAGAUUUACAAACUGAUCUUGCGGUUUACAGGUGAGUCAGACCUCAGAGGCUGGCAGGAGCAGAUGCUGGGUAACUUCAUCGUGGAGAGGGGUCAGAGCCGGCCGGCGCUGCGGGACGAGAUCCUGGCCCAGCUGGUUUACCACAUGUGGGGCCUGCAGGAGGAUCAGGACAGUCUGAGGGGUUGGCUGCUGCUGGCCUGCUGCCUCAGUGCCUUCACCCCCUCACCAACACUGGACAAACACUUGCUCAAGUAUGUGUCUGACCACGGUCCGGGGGAGUACCGCUCACUGUGCCAACACAAACUACUGACAUCUCUGCAGCUCCCGGCUCCCACUGCCCGCAUCUACCCUCCCACCCAGCUGGAGUGGACCACUAACCAGAGGAAGGGCACCAUGCUGCUGGACGUGCACACCUUUAACGAUGAGAAGCUGACAACUGAGGUGGAGUCCUGGACCACAGGAGAGCAGCUAGCAUCAUGGCUCCUUCAUUCCAGAGGUGUAUCAGAGGUGGUGCAGGGCUGGUCAGUGUCUCUUCUGACUGAUGAUGGCUGGUCAGAUCUGGCUGGCUCGGACUUUGUCAUGGAUCUUCUGGCUGGCGCUGAAGCUGAAGUGCUGCCACCACCAGGGACUCCCUCCUCUACAAACUCUGACUACCUGUUCAGCAGCCAGGGAGACAGGAUGCCAGCUACAGAGCUGGAUGACUUCAUUCCACCAGCGCCUCCCAUGCAAGCUCCUGGGCUGCCUCCUUUUGAGGGAAACCCCUGGGGAAGGGAUUAUCCUCAGGAAGGCCGUGGGAGACAGAUGGAUGCCUACGUUGAUGACUUGUUUGACCCUGUACUGGACCAAGGACCUCCGGACAUGGAAAGAGUAGCCAUGCUAAACCGCAGGAUGAGAGGAGGAGGAGGGAUUGGACCUAUGUAUGGAUCUGGAAUGCCCAUGACAAUGCCGGGCUAUCCUAUGGGAAUGGCGGUUAACCCUUCAAUGCCCAGCUAUGGUGCAACUCCCAUGAUGCCAGCCAUGCCAGCCAUGAUGAUGCCUCAGACUCCCAUGCCUGCCCCGCCUGUGGCUGACCCCAUGCAGAUGGCAGCAUCACAGCAGGCUCUCAUCAACCAGCAGGCCGUUAUCAUGGCCCAGCAGAUGACCAUGCAGGCGAUGACUCUGUCCCAGCAGCAGACACAGGAGCAGCAGAGGAAGCAGAAGGAGCAGGAGAAGAAGCAGAAGGAGUGGGAGAGAAAGCAGGAGGAGCAGGAGAGAAAGAAGGAGAACGAGAGGCAGCAGAGACGAAAGUCUGAGCGACGGUUAAGGGAACGCUCACGCUCACCCUCCCCCUCCCGUCAAACUCCGUCACCCCCACCUGCCAAGCCCAAAGCACCUGUACCUAAACCUGCCUCCAGCUACAGGAAGCCUGAGCCAGAGGUACCAGAGAGAGAAGUGGACUUACCAGAUCCAGAUGACCUGCACUCUGUCAGAGACAAGACAGAAUACUUCCAGAAGAUUGGCUUUCAGUCCCAUGGUGAAUCCAAAAGCCCAAAGCCUCGGCCAGCCUCCUCCAGCCCGCCUAGACAGCAGCAACGCUCCCCGCCAUUACCAGCUCCAUCACCCCCGCCUACAACACCGAAGCCUGAGGUGAAGCGUCUCCACACCCCUCCAGCCAGAGAGGUGGACCCCCCAAAAGCAACACCUGCCCCGGGUCCUCUCGCCAAGCCUCAGCCCGAACCCACCUCCAACAUCCGGGAAAUUAUCAAAAUGUAUAACAGCCGACCCCAACCAGAACCCAAACCCUUUGAGCCUGUCAGACCUCCUGCACGGCAUUUCAUAAAGAAGAAUGACCCCAAAGAGGAAGCUCUGGCCAAACUCAAAAACAUGGCACCAGUGCCACAACAAAAGGAGUGGGUGCCGCCGCCAGUCGCGCCUAAGAGGGCCCCACCCCCUCCCCCUCCCAGGACCCCCUCCCCACGGCCCUCUCCUCCCUCCACCAGGGGGCCCCGCGUCAUCUCCAGCAACAUGAAGCAGAAACAGCGCUCCCUGGAGGACCUGUUCGGCUCGCAGCGCUCUCAGCACCCUCCACCUGCUCCUCCCGAGUCCCCGCCGCCUUCUCCACACCCAGCACCCAUCCUUCAGAACAUCCCCGACCCGCCUCCCACGGCCGCCCCAUCUCUCAAUAUGAUGUCAGAUGUGGAAGGCAUUCACUCUCAGCUCCACCGCUUCUCUGCUGGAGUUUACUUCUCUUACUCCAACAUGCCGGGGAAACUGUUCCUGCGAAAAGAAGUGUUUUACCCCCGAGAGAUGUUCAACCGGCCCUACCUUCUCAAUCUGUUAUGUGAACAGAUUAUGAGGGACACCUACUCUGACAGCUGUGUGAGGAUCAGCAGAGAGGAGAGGAGGAAGAUGAAGGACCUGCUGGCAAAUUUCAAUGUAGGAAUGACUAUAAGCACCAUCCAGAACGACAUCAUGAAGAAGAGGAUUGUCAUUGCUGCUCGAGACAACUGGGAGAACUACUUCACCCGCCUGUUCCCUGUGAAGUUGGACAGUGGGGAUGCUCAGAUUUUGGGUGUGUCUUAUCGUGGGAUUCGUCUCCUGAAGAUGGUCAGAGCAUCAGGCAUCAACACCAAACACCUCCGUCUGCUCAAAAGCUACAGUUUUGCAGAGUUGCUGUCCGUUGACCUGCAGGGUGCAGACAGAGUGGAACUGGAGCUGAAGAGUGAACAGUUGGUGCUGCAGUCACCCAGAGCUCCACAGAUCACUGCCAUGAUUCGCGUCUUCCUCCAGGAGCUCAUCAGGGACUCUGGCUAUGUGGUUGCCCUGAAGAGCUUCGUGACGGAUGACAAAAGUCUUCUCAGAUUCAGCAAGGGUGACAUCAUCAAACUGCAGUCAAUGGAAGGACUUCAGCCAGGCUGGCGUUUUGGCAUCAAAGGAGGUCGCUCCGGUCUCUUCCCAGAGGACCUCACCCAGCCAUCUGCGGCCCCGGACUACCACUGUAUACACCUUGAACGACGAGAUGACAGGAGGAAAAGCAUGAGGGGCACUAGACCUGUCAGUCCACCCAGGGGCCCGUCUCCUGGUCUCAUCAGCAGACACACGGGCAGCACUGAUUCAGGGCGGCCCCGCAGAGAGGCCUCGGCCCCGGGAUCGGUUCAGAGAUCAGGCCAGAGCUCACUCCAGGGCUCAGUCUUUGACUUGGAGAUCCUCUCAGGCAUGGCUGAAUUUGCCAUGAAAUACUUUAGAGUGGGGACUACAGGUCUGCCAGCAAGUGGAAGGAAUUUUUCAGAGGCAGUUCAACACACAGGGGUUCCCAUACAGGAGUCUCUCAUUCUGUACAAUGAUCCUGAAAUCAAUGAUUUAUCUGUCCAGUGCUUCCUGAACCUGAUGCAGUUCAUGGGUGACAUGCCAAUGAAGAAGAAUAACACCCAGUCAGACUGCAUGCGCCACAUCUUACUGUUAGGGAAGGAAAAGGAGCUGCUGAGAGAUGAAAUCUACUGCCAGGUCAUCAAGCAAACCACCAACAACCCAACCAAAUCUUCGUGUACCCUCGGCUGGCGGCUGCUCAACAUGAUGACCGGCUUCUUCCUCUGCUCUGGUACUCUGCAGCCGUAUGUCACACGUCACCUACGCGACAUCUCGCAGGACUACGAACAGCCAUACCAAGAGCUGGCGUGUGUGUGUCAGGAUAACCUUCAGCGAUCUCUCCGUUUUGGCGGCCGCCGUAACAUCCCCUCACACAUGGAGAUGGAGGCCAUUCUGGCUGGCAAAACAUCUCGACGUUUUCCCAUCCAGCUGCCAGGAGGAGUGGAUUUCCCCGUCAAGAUACGCAUCUUCAGUAUGGCAGCAGAUGUGGUAACAGAGAUCUGUAAAGAAAUGGGCAUCUCAGAUCUCGCAGAAUUCAAAGAGUUCUCCAUCAUCGCCAACCGACAUGAAGAUGGGAUAAUCCGUCCCCUCCAUGCUGAGGAGUAUCUGUUUGACUUCCUGCUGGAUGACGGCUCCAUCUUCCUGUCCCUGAGAAGAGUGAUGUGGAGUCAGCCUCUGUCCUUCAACAGUGACCUCUAUGUGGAGUUCCACUACCAGCAGCUCCUGGGUGACUACCUGAGUGGGCGGCUGUCGCUUGCUUCUGCUGCAGGUGGUUCCUCAUCCGUCCAGCAGAUAGCAAAGCUGGCAGCCCUGCAGCAUGUGGCUCAGGGACUGAAGGAUCCGCCCUCACUGCCAGAGAUGAAGGAGUACCUGCCCUCACAGGAUGGCCUCAGCAAGAAACAUGAAGAGAUCCACUCCUUCUGUCAGGGCCAGAUAGCUGCCAUGCACACCCUCAGCCCUCAAGACGCCAAAAUACAAUUCAUUGAGUUUCUGAGCACCCUGCCUCUCUUUGGCUCCAGCACUUUCUUGGCCCAGAAGGUGAGCCAGCGGGGCUGUCCCUCCCCAUGCAUGGUCAGCAUCAGCCAGGAGGGGGUGCUGUUCCUUCACCCAAAAACACAGGAGCGAGUGUUUCUGAUUCCUCUGGUGGACGUGCAGUCCAUGCGCACCCUCCGUCCCAAGAAACAAAGCAAAGUGCCAGCUGUGGCCAUCAACUACGGCAAUCCAAGCCAACCCAAAACAGUCACGCUCCAUCUCAAACAGGCUAAGGAGUUGUGCCACAUCCUUGCUCUGAUAAUGGAAGAGUUGAUCCGACCAUCAGUCACCAGCUCCAUUUCAAAUCACCAGUAGAGAGAGAGAGACACACACGCACACACACACACACACACACACACACACACAGUAUUGAGAGCUUUUGUUAAUCACUGGCUUCUGUAACUGACGCAGGAGAAUACGCACACACAGACACACACACAGACAGACAGACACACACACACACACACACAUACAUUAUUGAGAGCUUUUGUUAAUCACUGGCUUCUGUAACUGACGCAGGAGAAUACGCACACACACGCACACGCACACACAGACACACACACACACACACACACACACAGACAGACAGACACACACACACACACACACACACACACACACACACACACACACACAGUAUUGAGAGCUUUUGUUAAUCACUGACUUAACUGACUUUUGUGUUUACUUUUUGUUAAUUUAUCUUUAUAUCUUCUUUCUGUGUAACGUCAUAAACAGUGUGUCAUUGAUGAAAUGGACUGGAUAAAAACACGAAUAUGAACACUCAAUGCUGAUUUUCUCAAGCGUAAACGUUAUCUGAGAGGAAAGUAGCUGAACUGUACUACUCUGAUUAAAGAGUGAAUGAAUACAGGAGGGAUUACAGUCACUUACCAAUUAUUGUAUCAAUAAACCAAUGCCUUAAAAUGAUUCCUUAUGCGCAUUCAAAUUCUAUGACAUAAUUCUUGAAAUGUUAAGUUUGUUAAUCAUUAUUGGAAGAUAUUGUUGUAAUGAUGUCAUGUAAUAUGUGAAUACUUUAUAAGCAUUAAAAAAAAUGUUGAUUAA